UUUUUUUUUUUUUUUGUAUUUUUGGUGGGGUAGAGUUACAGUAUUUCUCGGGAGUUUAGCUGAGGGCUGCUGGACACUUUCUGAAGUUUCUGAAAUGAGUGAAAUGAAGCCAGCCGAGGCAGCGGCGGACGACCAGGACUGGGCUGCGGCCAAAGCCUUUUUUGACAACCUCAAAACCAAAGUGCCGAGACCCCCCAAGCCCCAGUACGCCGUGACCAUCGCCGUGUCGUCUCGCACCCUCUUCAACAUGGUGGCGGAGAGGAAGAUAUACGAAGAGGAAGGAGUGGAGAACUACGUCGCCUUCCAGCUGGAACACGAGAGCGAGCCUCUGAAGCCGGGGGCCGCCUUCCCCUUCGUUAAGGCACUGAUGAAUGUCAACUCCCGGCUUAGGGAGCUCUACCCGGAGAGUGAGGAGCUGUUCGACAUUGUCUUAAUGACUAAUAACCAUGCCCAAGUUGGUGUGCGCCUCAUAAACAGCAUUAAUCACUACGGUUUGACCAUUGAGAGAUUCUGUAUGACCGGAGGAAAAAGUCCCAUAGGUUAUCUGAAGGCCUACAUGACAAAUCUUUACCUCUCAAAAGACUCAGAGAAGGUCACAGAGGCCAUAGAUGAAGGAAUCGCGGCGGCCACAAUGUUUUUGCCGGAAACGGAGUCCAACCUGUGCGACACUCAGCUGAGAGUGGCGUUCGAUGGCGACGCCGUCCUGUUCUCCGACGAGUCGGAGAUCAUCGUGAAGCAGCACGGCCUGGACAGGUUCUUUGAGCACGAGAAGCAGUUUGAGAACAAGCCUCUGGCUCAGGUGCGACACGGCUGUUCUUCUGCACGCCUGAAUUCUGGUGCCCGAGAAAGAGAGGCCGCAUUUCACGAUGAGAGCAGAGCUGGCCCUUUGAAGUGUUUCCUGGAGGCCCUGGGGAAGCUUCAGAGGAAGUUCUACGCUAAGAACCAGCGCAUGGACUGUCCCAUCCGCACUUUCCUGGUCACGGCCCGCAGCGCGGCCAGCUCGGGGGCCCGCGUUCUCAAGACGCUCCGGAGCUGGGGCCUGGAGAUCGACGAGGCCCUCUUUCUGGCCGGAGCCCCCAAAGGGCCCCUGCUCCAGAAGAUCAAACCACACAUAUUCUUUGACGACCAGAUGUUUCACAUCGAGGGGGCCCAGGAACUGGGAACCAUCUCUGCACACGUCCCUUACGGGAUUGGACAGAAGUACCACAAAGGGAAACUCAUCGAGCAGCCAGAGAAAAAGAAUUAAGAUGCACUACAGCACAGUCACCUGCACUGGAGGUUUGCUCCAGUCUAGAUUAAUAUGUUGAGAGAUAAACAUUGAGCAAAAAUAAGUAUUUUUAGACGAUUGAACCAGCAAAUUGGUAAUAGCCUCAAAGGCGUUCUGCUGUUUCCUUAUGAGAAUGAGAAUUAUUGAGAGGAGUUUUAAGUGUUUUCACAUCCAGAGUUACACAUGAGGCCAGCUUUUCAUUUAACACUGCCUCUUUGUACCUUUCAAUAUACCCGUUUACCUUGAAAGAUGUCGACUGUCUCAGGGGGAAACCUCAUUUUUCAUUUUUAUAGUAUGUCACUUUUAUCCUUUUCCUUUUUUCUUGAUGCAGCUAAGUUUUUACACAUGGCUUACUAUUUGUAUAUGCUCACAGAAUGUAUCGGCUUCAGUAGUUCUUAUUGUUAUAGAUCCUCAAACACACCAGCCAGGAAAAGGGAAAUGGGCAUUUCCAUAAUUUAUUUUCAUGUAUUUCAGUUUAUUACUGAUUAUGCCAGGCACUUAAAUUCCUUUGAAUAUAUAAUUAUAUUUAUAGUUUGCCCUUUUACUUAUUGGAUAUGUUGAAAAGUCAUUAUGACAAAAUCCAGUGCAAUGUCCUUCUCAAGUGUUAUGACUCGUAACACCUUAGACGCACAAUCUGAUUGCUGCCUACUGUUCUAAAGAAAAUACAAUUUUAAUUUGUUCAACACACCUUUUGUGAAAUGUUUUCUUCAGCCAUUUUUUCUGUUUUACCCACCAUCAAAACUGAUCUAGUUUAACAAAAGCAACAACAUGUGAGUUCAGUUUACACUGUUUACAUGUGCAAUCUACGCUGGAACCAUAUUUACAAGAAGAUGGAGUUAUCAUAAAUUGAGUGUAAACUGUCACCACAGGUAUUGUUUAGUUCAUAACUAUAGCUAACAACUUUUCUGAAAAGUUAUUUGUAUUGACUGGAUCAUUGUUAUAAUACAGAGAAAACCCAUGUUUCCCUUCACAGAAAUAUCCAAUUCUACAUUUGAUUGAGUGUUUUUAAAAAUCCGUCUGUAAUUCUGAACCUCUCAGCAAUAGGUGGCAGCAUGUAGCAGCAGUUGCUGUCAUCUGCUCUCCAAACAUUUGCUGUUCUCCAAAGAAGUGGGCCACUUUCUUGUAAAAAAGACCCUUUCAUGUCAAACGUUUGCAAUGAAUCUUUCUGCGGAUUGCCUCUGCCGUUACACCUCCAUCUUCCUCUUCUGCUGAGGAAGGCAGACUCUCGCUGCAUGCACAUGAGGUCCGAGGCCACAGAGAGGCGCUCCAGCUCAACCAGACCUCCAGAUCUUCUGUUUGUAUUUUCUCCAGCACUGUAAACGGACUGAACAGGGGAGAGAUUUUAAAAUAAA